AUGGUCUCGUCUCAGCGCGUCAGUAUGCCGACGACGGGCAAUUGCCGAUCUCUCCUGGCGCUCGUCGCUCUGGUGGGGCUCAGGGAGGCAGAUUGUGCGGCGGUGCGCAAGACCUGUCGCGAGGCGAGACAGAACCUGCACAACGUGCACGCCGUGGUCAAUGACCACACUUGGUGCUACCAGAUCCCGACGCAGGUUUGCAACCAGUUCUACGUGCCGUACCGCAACUCUCACACCGCCGGGCUCAUCGUCUGUCAUCUGGUCAUCUCCAUCACUGGUGACCGCGCCUGCCACGCCGAGCAGCACAUCGAGGAUUGCGAGCCACCGGCGGACUACUACAACCACCGCUUCCAUCCGUGCAAGUACUACUGGGAACUCGAUCGCGCGUUCGCGGGAGGCGUCGGGGUGGCGGACGCCAGCCGGUUCAUCCGCGUCAACGGGUACGACCUGGAGGUGGACGAUGCAAAAUCGUUCCGGUAUGUGGGCUGCAACUUGCCGAUGCUCCUGCAAGACGCGGCGCGCGAGGCACCCGACGCGCAGGGGACGUACCCAACCGUGGACGCGCUGCUGGACGACGUGGUGCGGACGUGGGCCUUCAACGACGGCGACUCUAUAACCGUGCCGCUGCAGUACGACGGCGAGCAUUUUGACGAGACCGUCUUUCGCGUGCUCGACUACAUUGUCCACGCCGCUGGCCGGCGUGGCCUCCGCCUCAUCCUGCCUUUGAUGAACUAUGGCUCCUCGGGCGGCGGUGUCGCGCAGUACCACAAGUGGGCGGCGCACCGCGCCGGCUCGCGCAUUACUGCCGAUUACGCCGCCCUUUGGAGCUCCGACGAGGGCUCCGAGUGUCCACUCUUUUACUCGGACCCGGCCAGUCAGGAGAUGUACCGGUACAUGGCUCACAAGGCGAGCCCCAUCUUCCGCCCGCCCCACCCCCAUCCCAUGUGCAACGUGCUCACGCGUGUCAACACCUACACACGGACGGCGUAUAACAACGACCCAACCAUCAUGCUCUGGGAGUUGGGUAACGGACUGCGCUGCCCCGGCAAGCGCUUCGGUGGCAAGCCGCUCCAGAGGUGGUACCGCCAGAUGGCGCCGUUUGUGCGGCGGCUGGCGCCCAAGCAGCUGCUUGGCUCUGGGAGCGAGGGCUUUUUCCUGUGUGCGGCCGCGAGCCAGGAGCGCUCGUCACGGGGUUGCCAGGCGGGUGAAGCUUGGCGUACGACGCUCGGCAUCGAGGACAUUGCCAAUUGGAUGGAUGCACAGGGUGUCGACUACAUCGGCGAGAGCGCCAUACCUGAGUUUGAUGCGCGGCUCGACGCUUGGCCACCGACGAUGCUCUCGCGGCUCGGCGGCGCCCUGACGCGCGACGAGCAGCGGGACUUCCUCGAUGCGUGGAUCUUGGCACAUGAGGCGGGAUCCACGCGCAAGGCGAUCCUCCUAAACGCGUUUGCCGCGGCCGAGUGUGACUGGUACAAUGACCCCGAGGGCUGCAAGCAGAAGCGGCUCAGCGGCGUGCUGUCGACCGUUCAAAACCGCAUCCUGCCUGACACAGCUGCCGGCGGCAAGUCAGUGGCCGCCGUCCUCUGGUCGCCCGCCGCUGACGGUGGGCCCAUUGCCCAUCCCUACCAAACCUACGCGCAUAAGGCGUUCGAGGAGGAAAUUGCCGCGUAUGCAGAGCAACUGGACUCGACGCCCCUCAUCCACCAUGGCUGGCACGAGAUUGAGAGGCAAGAGUGCAACGCGCUCGCUGAUCACCUCAACAAGGCUUUUCGAGUCGAGGAGACCGACAGCGAGCACCGCGGCUGCAACAAUUGGCCCGACAUUGUCGAAUUCAAUUUGGCGCCAUUACCCAGCUUAGUGUGA